AUGCCCAGACACACCGGUUUAACUCUUGGCGUUGCAUCCCUGGUGGGUACUACAGUAGGCUGUCUCGUUCUUUGGAAGCUUCUCAAUCGCCGGAGACAACAGUGUUGUGUUGGAGAUGUCAAAGACUCUUGUGCUGUGCUGAGCCAUGAGACCUCAAGCUCAGAUAGUCUUCAGAAGCCUUCAGAAGUAGAGGUCUCUAGCACUUCUGCAGUAGAGAAGAUCCUACAGGCAGAAAUCCAGAUAGUAUCUGCAGCUAAAGAAUGGGAAGCUGUUUGGCCACUGCUAAAGAAGGAUCUUGAUGUAUUCCCGGUACUUGGCAUGGAUUGUGAGUGGGUGUCUGUAGAUGGGAGAACAAAUCCCAUCUCCCUUCUACAGAUGGCUUCCCACAGUGGCUUUUGUGUCCUGGUUCGCUUGCCCCGAUUGAUCAGUGCUGGCAGCACCAUUCCAAAGACUCUCCUCACACUUCUGGCUGACUGUGACGUGCUGAAGGUUGGAGUAGGUUGUAGGGAAGAUGCAUCCAAACUAAUGAGCGAUUAUAGCCUGUCAGUGAAAGGAAUAGUUGAUAUCCGCUACUUGGCAAUGAGACAGAGGAGAGACAUUUUCCAGAAUAGCCUAAGCCUUAAAUCUCUGUCUGAGACUAUUUUAUGCUACUCUUUGGACAAGUCUUUUCAACUUCGAUGCAGUAACUGGGAUGCAGAUGAAUUCACACAGGAUCAGGUUUUCUAUGCUGCCAGAGAUGCCCAGGUGUCUGUAGCCCUAUUCCUGCAGCUGCUUGGCUUUUUUUCUCGGAACUCUUUACCCUGCCUGGGCUUCUUUGCUGAGUAAAUGCCAGGGUCUCAUUGAUGUUCCAUUUAAAGGGAAAGGCAUGUCAAAUGGAGAUGUUAAUGGAGGACCAAGGCAGAAGAGAGAAGUCUUAAUUGAACAAUCUAGUCAAAAUUCCCAAGGCCGAGAUCCUCGGAGAAAUAAGAAAAAGCCUCUGGGAGUGGGAUACUCAGUGAGGAAAUCCCCAUUGUACGACAACUGUUUUCUGCAUGCUCCAGAUGGACAGCCUCUCUGUACUUGUGACAGGAAAAAAGCCCAGUGGUAUUUGGAUAAAGGCAUUGGUGAUUUGAUAAGCAUUGACCCAUUUGUAGUGAGGCUGCGCUUUGAGCCUUCUGGUCGUCCAGAAUCUAAUGUGGACUAUUAUUUGACAGUGAAGGAGAAUCUUUGUGUUGUAUGUGGCAAAAGGGAGUCUUAUAUCAGGAAGAACAUUGUACCGCAUGAAUACAGACGUCACUUCCCAAUUCAGAUGAAGGACCACAACUCUCAUGAUGUGUUGCUUCUGUGCACAGCUUGUCAUGCAGUGUCCAACUACUAUGAUAGUAACUUGAAACAACAACUGGCAGUGGAAUUCUGUGCUCCUAUAGGUUGUGAGGAAGGGGUUCGCAUGCUAGAAGAUACCACAAGAAGGCAAGUGCGUUCAGCGGCAAGAGCCUUACUCAACGCUUCCAGGCUGCCAGAACACCGCAAAAAGGAGCUUUUAGCGGAGAUCAAAGGAUUUUAUUGUAUAGAGGAGGUCACUGAAGAAACUCUUAAAGAAACUGCAAAUUUGGAGACUAGAAUCUGUAACGAAACUUAUAUCCCGCAUGGAUUAAAAGUGGUGCAAUGCUUUGCAACAGGAGGACUCAAAUCUUUAAUGGAGCUUGAAAAACGCUGGCGCCAGCACUUCUUGGACACUAUGCAACCCAAAUUUCUUCCCCAGCAGUGGUCUGUUGACCAUAACCACAGCAAACUGAUUAGGAAAUAUGGUGAAGACUUGCCCAUCAAGCUGGCCUAG